CUAUCUUUAUUUGUCUUAAUUUUUAGUACUACUAACCCAUUCAGGUUAUAAUUAGGCAGAGGAGUAGGAGUAGGAUUUCAUAUUCUAAGCUUAACUUAGGAUCUUUGAUGUGUCGCUCACGGCGAUAGAUCAAUCGUUGAAGAUUGAUGGAAGAAUCUCUUCCAUCCUUCUUCUUUCUUAUCAUCAAUUUCACAUUUGACUCGACUGCCAUUUUUCUUCCGAUGAAGUCUUGAAAUACGGCGUGGAACCACGAAUCCGUCUUAUGGAGACAUAGCCGUAUUCGCCCUUAUUUUUGUUGUUGGCAUUGUUUCCCGAAAUCUUUGUCGAUUUCGAUCGAGGGAAAAAUUGGUAAACACAACUCUCCGACGAAUGUUAGCAAGUCUGGUAACAGGGACUCAAGGUGAUGACUUUGGGGAGAAUCUAUCUAAAUCGCUAUGUUCUUAUUUCUCCUCAUUUCUUUUUCUUUUAUUUCUAAGCAUUUGGUCACAUAUUAGGAAUUUUAGGAUUUCCAUUCCUUCCUCCUUACAGAUUUUUGAAGCUCCAAACUUACCACCACUUCCAAGAUCUAAGUCCCAUCAACCAGAAUUUCAUGAAUUUCAUUUGGAGACUAUGGAAAGGGCCAAUCACAGUGCACAAACAUCAACUAUAGCCUCAAUUGCUCCUCAGAAUUGUUAAGAGGUACAUGACAAAAUGAGAAUCAUACAAGGAGACUGGUCAUGCCAAUGAAAGGAUGUGGAUCACGAAAGGCUACGAGACCUCAUAUUUGAUUGUGUUGAUUUGCAAGAGCACCGAAGUUUGUUUUUUUUCUUUGUCUUUCAAUAUUGAAGCUAUCAUUUUCUUUGUUUUCAGUAUUAUUUACAUUUGCCCAUAAUUGGGUUUGCAACUGUUACAAUAUCAAAACAUAUAAUAUCGUGAUCAUAUCCUGAUAUGAUAUGAUUAUGAUAUUAUAUGAUUCUCUUGAUCUCUUAUUAUUGUAAUUGAUUAUGAUUUGAUUGUAAUUAGGUUGAUUUUCUUUCCAUAGUUAGGCUUCCUCACCUU